AUGCCCUGGAGCUCGUCUCUGUUCCCGACGGGCUUAUCUCCGACGAAGCGUCCCCGGUCCCCGGAAGUACCGGUGUUGCUUUCAAGGGUUUGUCCAAAUUCGCGUUUCAGGUUUCUUACAGGCUGA